GACAAUAAUGCGAUCUUGACCUCAUAGGGUGAUCUCCAUGACGAUUCUUUUCCGGAGGCUAGCGGGACCUCAUGGGACCAUCACGCUGUUACAUGUUUUGCCAAGAAAUGCUUGCAGAUGCUGUCCCGAUCUUGACCUCAUAGGGUGAUCUCCAUGACGAUUCUUUUCCGGAGGCUAGCGGGACCUCAUGGGACCAUCACGCUGUUACAUGUUUUGCCAAGAAAUGCUUGCAGAUGCUGUCCCACUCGACAUAUCUUGCCAGGAACUCAACCCUUCUUGGACAUUGUGAUUCCACCACUCUAAUGGAGAGAAAAGAAGACCCGAAAUGCUCUUCUGCAGAAGUUGUCGACAAUAGUUCAAAGGAUGAGUUUCUGGAGUUGCUUCAAACACUUGAACAACGGAUGAAUUGGGAUGGCCAACGCCUUGUCAAAUACAAGGGCUUUUGGUUGCUGCAACUGUUGUUCCGACCGAUGUUAUCCGCUCAUAACAACUUCAGAGCCAAAGCCACGGACGUAAUACUGUCAACCAUGCCUAAAUCAGGAACCACCUGGUUGAAAGCCCUCACGUUUUCCAUUGCCAAUCGCAAUGUUUUUCCCAUUGAUCAAACUCCUCUACUCACUUCCACUCCUCACAUGCUUGUGCCUUUCCUAGAGUUCAAUGUCUAUUGGGGGCAAGAAAAUCCUGAUCUCGAGAACGUUCCAUGUCCGAGAAUUUUCGCAACUCACAUGCCUUUCGAAAUCCUUCCUGAUUCCAUCCAUGAAAGUGACUGUAGAAUUAUUUACAUCUGCAGAAACCCAUUGGACCAGUUCGUUUCGCAUCGUCAUUUCUUGCUUGAAAACAAGAUCGAAAAAGAAGCAGAUCCUCUUGACAUAGACGAGGCUUUCGACAUGUUUUGCCAGGGAAUUCAUCCAUGCGGCCCCUUCUGGGAUCAUAUGCUGGGAUAUUGGAACGCUCAUUUGGAGAAUCCAAGGAAAGUGUUGUUUCUAAAGUACGAAGACCUGAAAGAGGAUAUCACGUCUCAGGUAAAGAAGAUUGCUGAAUUUAUGGGGUUCCCUUUUUCACAGGAGGAAGAAGAACAAGGCCUGAUAGAUCAAAUCUCUGGGCUAUGCAGCUUUGAAAGUCUCAGCAAAUUGGCUGUGAACAAGACAGGUAAUAUUAAUGGUAUAGUGAAAAACACUUCUUUCUUCAGGAAGGGACAAGUUGGAGAUUGGACCAAUCAUUUGACACCUGCCAUGGUUGAACGCAUCAAAAAGCUCAUGGAUAGCAAGUUCAGAAACUCCGGUUUAAUGUUCAAGAUCUGAAAAGGGGGGACACAAUUUAUCCGCACGAUGAUACGAGAAAUGAACAAAAGAAAUUCGUAUAAAAGAAAUAUAGCAAAAU